AUGCGCACAUUCCUCGCCCCGCUCCUGCUUGCGCCGCUUGCAGCGCUCGCCGCACCAGAUGUCUUCGCCGACUUCGAACCAGCCGUUGCGCCAUUAGAGAACCCCGUAUACGAGGCCAUGGAGACAUCUCCCGCAGGCAGCGGCGCCGAAGUCCUCAAGCGACAAAACAACAAUGCAUGUGCAACCCAAUACUUCAACUGUGCUGGUCUCGGCGCCCCGGGACUCUGCUGCCCACGAACAGCCGUGUGCUCAGCCGACCAGGCCGGACAUGUAGCAUGCUGCCCCCAGGGCGCAGCAUGCACAGGAGCAAUUGGCGCCAUUGCCACGGGCGCAAAUCCCUCGGCCACAUCCACAGUCUCCUUCGUAGUCGCAUCCACAACAGGCGACAGCCCCUUCGUGCAGGAAACAAAUGGCGCAAACCACGGAAGCACGGUACAGAACCAAUUCUACCCUUUCCCGUACAUACCGACGACUUACUCCAACGCAGCUGCCUGCUCGUCCGCUUAUACAAGCUGCCAAAGUGAUGCUGCAAGCUGUACGACUGCUCUAGCCAACGGCGCGGCUGGCGUCACUAUAUCGGCACCCAACGGCGCCGGUGCCACCAUUACCGCAAUUCCGAGUGUGGGCCUCCAGUCUGCUCAGAGCAUCUGCUCGAGCUUGAGCAGUCUGGGAUGUUCGCAGCUUACUGUCGAGGCUUGUGCGGCUUUUGACGGUCAAGGAAACGCAGGCAUGAGAGCCCGCUGUGCCGAUUACCUCAUGACAGCAGGUGUUGCUGUCGGCAUUGCAGGACAGCUUUUGAGAUGA